GACGCGGGGAGAAACACACAGGAAUCACAUGGACCUAAUCUGAGAGCUUUAACGGGGACUGAGCGUUUGGUUGGAAGUUGGAGAGAGUAAACAAUGUGGUAAUUUUCUACACAUUAGGCGAACAAAAAAAAAGAAGCACCAAAGGAAAAGCGAGUGGAAGAAAUCUCUUUGACGAACUGACCAGCGUGCUGUAUUAGCCACACCAUGAGUUGGAGUUUUUUGACUCGUCUUCUGGAGGAGAUCUCCAACCACUCCACGUUUGUAGGCAAAAUUUGGCUUACACUGCUCAUUGUAUUUCGGAUUGUACUUACCGUGGUGGGUGGUGAGUCAAUAUACUAUGAUGAACAGAGCAAGUUUGUAUGCAAUACGCAUCAACCUGGUUGCGAAAACGUGUGCUAUGAUGCGUUCGCACCGCUCUCGCAUGUAAGGUUCUGGGUGUUUCAGAUCAUCAUGAUUACCACACCCACUAUUAUGUACCUUGGCUUCGCUAUGCAUAAGAUUGCACGCAUGGACGACGACGAAUAUGGGCCACGAGGUGGGCGCAAACGAAUGCCUCUGGUAAAACGCAGUACCAACCGCGACUACGAGGAGGCCGAGGACAAUGGUGAGGAAGACCCCAUGAUCACAGAGGAGAUUGAGCCGGAAAAGGAAAAAGAGAAGGAGAAAGAAGGGAGGAAGAAACACGACGGACGGAGACGGAUCAAGCGUGACGGCCUGAUGAAGGUGUAUGUGAUGCAGCUUUUGUCACGUGUGGCUUUCGAGGUGGCUUUCCUGUUCGGCCAGUAUGUGCUGUACGGGUUUGAAGUGUUGCCAUCAUACGUGUGCACUCGUAGCCCAUGCCCACACACAGUGGAUUGCUUUGUGUCGCGUCCCACUGAGAAGACCAUCUUCCUGCUCAUUAUGUACGCUGUGAGCGCCCUCUGUCUGCUGCUCACCGUGCUCGAGAUCUUGCACCUGGGCAUCAGCGGCAUCCGUGAUGUGUUCCAACGUCGUGCACGCCGUCAACAUCAUCAAAUCGCCUUGACCAACCAGAGGACAGCGGUCUGCUCACGUCACAUGCCUUCAGCACCACCUGGCUACCACACAGCCCUGAAGAAGGAUGGCAAGGCAGGUGCAAGCCUGCAAUACAACCUCGGCGACUCAGGCCGCGAAUCUCUGGGUGAUGAGGCAUCCUCACGGGAGCUGGACCGCCUACGGAGACAUCUAAAGCUAGCUCAGCAGCACCUGGACCUGGCGUACCAGAGUGAGGAGGGCAGUCCGGUGCGAAGCAGCAGCCCAGAGUCUAACGGCAUAGCCGCUGAGCAAAACCGCCUCAACUUUGAGAAACAGGAGAAGCAAGCGAGCUCAUGUGAGAAAGGGAUCAGAGCCUGAAUCUUAAGUCAACAGUUUGGAUCUGCCCUCUUUCCUCCCGAAACAACAUGGAGGAAGGGCCGCUAUGAAGAUGGACGACUUAAGAGUGUGUAGGAUUUUUUAGCAAGUCAACAAGACACUGAGCACACUGGUGAAUUGUAAAGAACAGCCUGUGCAGUAUUAUGGCAGGCCUUAGUGUCUGCCUUUGACAAGAUCUCGGCAGCCAGCACUAUGCGGAGAAGUCUGCCUGACAUUCCAAAGUUCCCAAGGGCCAAUAAAACUUUCUUUCUGUAGCUGA